CACGACUUUUGGUUAUGCUAAGGCCCCAAGGACCGGCCCCCAAAUGCACGCCUGACCCUUGCCGCCUCGGCAGGCGCGGCCUCCAGCUUGGAAAGGUGUCACAGUGUACAGCCAGUUCGGUAAGCCUUGAGAAUGGUGCUUACCUCUUUGUCCCUUCGUAUCAAGUUUGGUACUGGAAAGACUUUUGAUUUUCUCAUCGCACUGCCGUGCAGGGUGGUUGUUUAUGACAUUGCUCCAAACUACAAUCAAGACCCUGUAGCAGCCUUCGCGUCAUCUUCGCCCGAGGAUGGAAUCAUCGUCCGAUUCGAAACGCAUCGACCGGGUAGUGCUGGCAUGCGUACAGUGUCGCAGUAGACACGUAAAAUGCGACUCUACACAACCAGUUUGCAGUAGGUGCAGGCGCGACGGGAAAGAAUGUGUCUAUCAGAAAUCCAGAAGAGGAGGCUUGAAUAAGGCUGCACUUGCGGAACGACGCUUGCGACUGCAACAGGAGGCUAGGAAUCCACAGCGUUCAGCGACCCAACGCGAUGAUUGUUUCAGUGAAGAGCACAAAACAUCGGCAAUAUCGUCAUCUGAUCAAUCGAGUCUAGGGACGCCCACUAGCAGCUCAGCAGAUGAUUCCAUACCAGUCGUGCCCUCUCAGAACCAACACAAUCAUGUGGCAUUUAAAGUCGACAAAAAUCGACUGUUAGAGUUAUAUUUCGAAUACUUCUGGCCUCCCUUCCCAAUCGUCCUGCCUUUGCAUUACCUACAGUCGAGGCGUCUACAAGACAACCAUGGGAUAACCACCCUUCUAUCUGUCUUAGAAUGGAUCGGCUCAAUCUACGCGCCCUGGACACCAUCAGAGCCCUACUAUAUGACAGCUCUGGAGGCCAUUACAUCACCGAACCUUACGCGUACGCCGUUCAAUGUGCAGGCGCUAAUGCUUUUCGCUCUUGCCGAGUUCCAUUGCGAUAAUAGAGUCGAAGCUCGUAAGAAACUCAGCACAUGUACCGCCAUGGCACUGGAACUUCAUAUGAACGAAAGAGACUUUGCUCGAGCGUACGGUGAGAACGAUUCAGUGCUGGAAGAGUGUUGGAGACGGACGUAUUAUAUCCUUUACAUCGUGGAUCAGCAUCUCGCCGUCGUCACAAAUACGCCCUUCUAUUCGUUGCUUCUGAUACCAAACACGGUUGAUUUACCGUGUGAUGAUGAGUGUUUUGAAUCAGGAAACAUACCGCCUAUAGCGACAUGGUCUGAGUACCAAGUUCGUGAGUUUGCAGAGAUUGAAGUGAUCUACUCGUCAAUAGUGUAUCUUUAUGACAUUGCCAUGGUCAUCGCUUUUGUCAUGAAUACUUUUCUCGACACUGCUGUAGUAAACGAGGUCCUGGUCGAGAACUGCGACACGAAACUCGCGAUCUGGUCAUCGUUGCUUCCAGCUUGCAAGAAGGAUCCACUUCGACUAAACGGCCAAGUAGAUGAGGUGAUGUUUAUGGCACACAUGUGUGCUGCAAUAACUAUCUCUGCGCUGCAUCGGCCUUUCUCGUCACUGGGAUACUGUCCUGAGGAGAUGACUACGCAAGCUUUCCAAGCACCUUCUCCCUUCACACUUACACCAAAAGCUGGACGAAAUGCACAUACCGCACGUGUACUCAAAGCGACAGAGAUCCACACCAAUCUCCUUGCAAUCCCAUGCGCCCUCGAAAAGCAUAACAUCUUCACCAUGUGCAUCACCUCACAACUCGCUGCCGUACAAGUGUCAGCGUGCACUUACAUAUUGGAUGGACAUGCGCUGUCGAUCGGACGGGAUCGUGUCCGUCUGAGUAUCGGCUUCGUCAACACAAUGGCGACUCUCUGGCCUCUCGGAAAGAAGAUGGCAAAGGAGGUUCGGGCUAUUGCACGGUCGUGUAUUGCCGGUACCUGCACCCAGAAUACCGUGGCCAUGGAUGCGGAAUAUGCGGGAGGUGAGAUCGACUUGGCGCGUGAUGAAUUGGUGUGGCCAGUUAAUCCUUCGGCGCAGAUCGAUAUCUACUCUGGUAUCGUGCUUCCUAUCGAUUGGGAUGCAACGUCUUUUAGCUAUUCAUCGUUGACGUCGUCUGAGCUGGUGUAAAGAGGCCUAUUUGGUUACGAACACAAAUCUCCGCUUGAAUAGCUUCAAUAGAUGAUGAGCUGGUAUUAAAGAAGCUG